GGCGGCGGCAGCGGCGGCGGAGGCGGCGGCGCUGGGGGGGGUGGGAGGGGGGGGAGCGCGAGAGUGAGUGAGUGGCUGAGUGAGUUUAUCCCUAUGAGGCGGUGAGAGGCCCGGGGCCUACCUCAGAGGAGCGGGGUCGCGGCGCCAGCUAGCAGCGGGCCCCCUCCCGGUCCCCGGGCCCGGCGGCGCGGCGGCGGCUCGGUUGUGAGGAGGCGGGGAAGCGGGUGUCCGGCCCCAGCCAUGGAGGGCAUGGACGUGGACCUGGACCCCGAGCUGAUGCAGAAGUUCAGCUGCCUGGGCACCACCGACAAGGACGUGCUCAUCUCCGAGUUCCAGCGGCUGCUCGGCUUCCAGCUCAACCCGGCCGGCUGCGCCUUCUUCCUGGACAUGACCAACUGGAACCUACAAGCAGCAAUUGGCGCCUAUUAUGACUUUGAGAGCCCAAACAUCAAUGUGCCCUCUAUGUCCUUUGUUGAAGAUGUCACCAUAGGAGAAGGGGAGUCGAUACCUCCUGAUACUCAGUUUAUAAAAACAUGGCGGAUCCAGAAUUCUGGGACAGAGGCCUGGCCUCCAGGGGUUUGUCUUAAAUAUGUCGGGGGAGACCAAUUUGGACAUGUGAACAUGGUGAUGGUGAGAUCGCUAGAGCCCCAAGAGAUUGCAGAUGUCAGCGUCCAGAUGUGCAGCCCCAGCAGAGCAGGAAUGUAUCAGGGACAGUGGCGGAUGUGCACUGCUACAGGACUCUACUAUGGAGAUGUCAUCUGGGUGAUUCUCAGUGUGGAGGUGGGUGGACUUUUAGGAGUAACGCAGCAGCUGUCAUCUUUUGAAACGGAGUUCAACACACAGCCACAUCGCAAGGUAGAAGGAAACUUCAACCCGUUUGCCUCUCCCCAAAAGAACCGACAAUCAGAUGAAAACAACUUAAAAGACCCUGGGGGUUCCGAGUUCGACUCGAUCAGCAAAAACACAUGGGCUCCUGCUCCUGACCAAACCGAGCAAGAUGAGAAUAGACUCUCACAGAACUCUGUAAAUCUGUCCCCCAGCAGUCACGCAAACAACUUAUCAGUAGUGACUUACAGUAAGGGGCUCCACGGGCCUUACCCCUUCGGCCAGUCCUAAACGGGUGUCAGCAAGAAGAAAAAUUAAAAGACAGAAGGCCUGACUUUGGGGGGGGUGGGCAAGGGGUUCCUCUGGAUUGCAGACCACAUCGUACAGACCCCUGGCUCUGACCCCCUUCCCGGAAGAAGAGGAAGAAGCAGAACAGACUAGUUUUGAGUAAACUCAGUAUGCAUGUGUGAAUGCUGAAUUGCAGGAAUGGUGUUGAGGCUACCAAGAAGAAAUCCAUGCAGCCACCUUGGGUUUUGUUUAUUAGGCGUCAGUCUAACAAAUCAUUAGGUCACUCGGGAAGGGAAAAUAAGUUUAAAAUGGGGGAAAAAAGCCAUCUUUUUAAACAAAAAUUAUUUUGCCUACAGACAGGUUGUAGUUUUGAGCACAUGUUAAUUUUCUUCCCUCUUUCCCCACUUUUAUUUUUUUAGAUAAGGGAUAACAUACUCUUUAUAGAAUAGCUGCUUGCUCUGGAACCAAUUCAGGUUAAAAGCUGGCGUGGCACGUUUGGGGACUCUGUGGGUCAGUACUACAGGAGGACAUCUGCUGUGCCACAUGACUCCAGAAGUCUCUGACCCCAUUUGUUUUUAAUGGCAUCAGCCAAUGAGUUAUCACCCUUUUCCUCUUCUUUUCUCCUUAACCUUCUGUUGAUUUACACCUUUGACAUUUGUAUUCGUCAACCCUGUGGCUUGUUAUCAUCAGAACCUCUCUGAAGACCAAACUUCCCUAUGUGGCCAACGGGAAGCCUUUAGGACAGAUCUUGGGUGACUUGGGAGUUUCUAAGGCCGAGAGGUGUCCUUCUACACAACUUGUAACAAUUCAAAUUGCUUUUCUUCCCUGUUUCUCUUGGCAGAGAGAAAUGCCAUCAUGCCUACUGCUCUUUUGGAUUUUUCAUACACUGGCUCCUGUUUGCUCUGGGAACAGUGGCUCUGUGCUGGGUCUAUGUGUGUACCACUUGCACCCACACACGGGUGUUGGUGCAGCUCACAGUGAGUGUGCAGAAGGCGAGUGUGAAGAUGUCCCAUGCUUCUCUGUUGUCACACAACUCCCUUCCCCGUGUUUCCCUCCAGUUAUCCUUUCUGGUGUUCUCACAGCCUGUUAGUGGAGGCUGAGCUGUUAAGGUAUGAAAACACAGCCGCAAAUGGGGAAUUUGCCAUGUGUAAGGGCCACAGUUACUGACUACAUGAUCUUGGAGACCACAUUUUGAUGGAAAUGAGGGAACCCCCGCCCUGAGCAGAAUGCUUGAUUAUUGCGAGGUGGAAGGCGGCGCAUGGGGUGGUGGGGGGACGUGCAAUCCAGCCAAGCAGAGGCUGAUUGGCUGUCUUCUCACUUGGGCAGGUGGCCCCAUUGGCCUCUGAGCAGGUUGAGAUGUGGAUAUCUCCAUGGGAAGCUUGAACCAGGCUAGAACAGCUAUCUGCCAAAGAUACAAGAAUAUGCAAAGUCCCUCUUCUCUUCUCACCCCAUCCUUCCCUCGAGUCUUAGUUGGUUUGAUAGCCAGGGAUAUGAAUCUAGGGUGCGGUUGCAGGGUCGCCUGCCUGUUACCACACCCCCACCCACCCUGGGGGUGCAAGACAAGCAGGGAGACCAGGUGAUGAGCGGCUGCAGGGGUCAUAUAGCCUGGGUGUGGGUGAGGGUCUGCCUGCCUGUCUGUCUCUGUCUGGGUGUCUGAGUUCCAAAAAUGUGUGUUGUUUGUUCCUCCUCAUUCUCUUCUGAGACUGUUGUUUUUUAAAGCUUGAUUGUGGGAGAAAAGCUUGUAUGAAAUUCCCUCUUCACCUCCCCACCUCCCAAAAAAUGAAGAAUAAACUGGUCCACUGGAGAAGCCCUGGAGGAGGGUGGGGCCAGCCUGCUGAGAAGGGCAGUGCAGCGGAGUCUGGGGCUGGACUGGGGCUCACACUGGAGCACCCACUUUCUAUGCACACGAUGAAUGCCCCAUUCCCAAGCAGAGCAGAGAGGAGCCCCUGCUGGGUGCCCAGGCCACCGCUGGCCCAAGCCAGGGGCUCACUGUGGCUUUUUGUCUGAGGACUCUGUUAGGCCCAGAUUGCCACUGCUGUUGGUGCCAACCUCCUGGGACUCUGCCACCCUGGAGCCCACACAUGCCCAGCCAUUCUCCUCACUUGACAGCCCUCAAAGCAGCACAUCUCCAGCUGCCCCUGGCAGUCGUGGGAGGUUUUACAUCCCCUGGUUUCCUGGCUUCCUCAUCUGCCCCACACUGGGUGUCCCUGCCCCGUUUCCCAGGAGGGGCUGCCUGUGGUUAUUCAGCAGGGGCUUCAUAGGCCACCAGCAGUGGGGCUGGCCCUACCAGAGGCGUCCUGCUCCUCUUGCUUAUAGUCACCCUCACCCGGGAAGCACAUUGGCUGUCCCCGGGCACGCUGGCUUCCCUUCCAAGAACAAACCAUUUCUGUGCACAUCCUUGGAGAAGUGAGUUCCUUGCAGAGGGCCAGAGCAAGUGCAAGCCUUAGAGUAGGGGCAGAGGGAGUCCAUGGCUCCCCCAGGACCAGGAGGGUAUCAGUACCAUUUAUUCUGCCUCCUAUCAGUGGUUUGGGUUGUGAGCAAUGCUUAGAGCCCCUCUCUUCCCCUGCCUAGUCGGGUGGUAGAGGCUACCCUCUCAGCCCCAGUACUCCCUGCUCCUCUUGGGCUCUGCACCAAGUUGCAGGCUGCCUCUGGGCAGGAUCACCAGUGUCUGCCACCCAGGAGGUGAGGCAGGCACCAUCCUUAAGGGGCCUGAGCCCAGUGUGGGAGGCAGAGGGGCUCAGGCUUGGGAAGAACCUGUCUGUGUGCAUGGAGUGAGGUGUGUGUGGAUGUGUGUGCACGAGUGCAUGCCUUUUUUUCUUUUUGCCAUGGGGACAGUUGAAUUCGGGGUAUUUUUCUACAAGAAACAGCCUUCUCUCCCCCAGUAAAGACUGGCUGUAACCUUAAGCCCAUCAAAGGCGCUUCCAGCCUGGAGAGAACCUCACCAAGACAGCUGGUGUGGCCCGAGGAUGGCAGGGUGGCCAAGGUGGGAAGUAGGCACGAGAAAAAACACCUCCCCAAAUUCAGUCUGAGCCCCAGCAGGAGCGGAUGGUGGGGUUGCCAGGGCUCAGAAAUGCAAGCUGAUUCCCCAUCCCACCCUGCCUUGCCUUUUGUUUGUUUUCUUGGGUGAGUGCUGGAGCAGCGAUGGCUGCCCCUUCGCCUGGACACUGGUGUGUACAAGCAAGCUGGGUGGGCGUUUGUGGUGGGGCCUCAUGGUGCCUGGGAGGAGAUGAAGAUGAGGAGGUUUUUCCUUACUGUAUAAAUGAAUAUUUGUAUGAUUAAAUUAACACACACAAAACCCUGU